GUAAUGAUUGUUGUGAGUUGGAACAUCAUGGUUGGAAGUAUCCGUGUUGUCAGAAAGUCAUUAGAAGACAGAUCAUGGUCAGAUCCUGAAUUUAUUCGUAGAUAGAGGCCAGGAUCGUUAAUAAGUUUAAUCAAUCAUUUUGUUGUUGCAAUAGUAGUAAAUCAUAAAGAGGAUUCGUUUCAUAGUACCUGAAUCAGAAAUGUCAGAUUUUUUCAAAGGUUACCAAUUUGCACUUGAGCUUGACUAUAGCAUCCGCUAUAAACAGAAGCAAGAACUGAAAAAGAAAGUAACCAACAAUGGUGGAACAAUAUCAUAUAUUUUGACGAAAAAGACCAACUUCCUGGUAGUAAGUAAUAUCAACCAGGCUGAUUCGACAUAUAAAGGUCGAACCGCGCAAAAGAAUGGAACACCAAUUGUGACUAUUGAGUUUAUCAACCAGUGUGAUAAGCAACAGCGAGUUGUUGAUGCAACUGAUUACCUUGCCACUAGUAGCAAGCAAUUGUCAGAAUUUGAAGCAGGAAAAAUAAAAGCUAAGAAUCCUCCAAAGAAAAUUAGCGCCUUGAAGACGUCUUCAUUCAAUGUGAAUGCGAUACGAGUCUGGACAUGGGGUGACAACAAAGCUCCUGACUUUGAUGAAGACAGUUAUGAAGUUGCUAAGAGCUCUCUCCUAUUGAGUUCAUCAAAACCUAAUCGUGAUGAACUGUUUUACCAAAUCGAGCUUCAUGUUUUGCCGAUUGCCAACCAGACAGCUGUAAAUGAAGAACAAUACUGCUUCAGAGUAUUCAGUCACCAUGGAAAUUGCAAGAAAGUCAAGAAUGAAACCAGUGGUACAAGGGAAUGUCGUUAUCUGCAUUCUAGUUCUGAUGCUCUUAAAACAUAUGCACACUUGUACAGGCUGUAUACUGGCCCAGCCCACAACUACAAGAAGUGUGGCAAGUUCAUUUCCAGGUGGAUUGGAUCUGACAAACAGAGAAAGAUUUCACUGGAGUCGAGCUUUGAGUCUGGUGCCAUAUCAACUGAGGUCGUUGAACUUGUUGAGCAUAUCUGGCAGGAGGCAAACAAAGAGCUUAGUGGAGUGCUGUCUUUACCUGAAGAAAGCCUCAACAAAGAACAGGUUGAAAAAGCGGAAGCCACACUGCUGCAGAUAAGACAUGAACUGGAUACAGGCAAGAGUAUUCCAGAGCUGGAAAAGCUCAGCAAGAAAUUCUUCGAGCUAAUUCCUCUUCAAACAGGUCACAGUACAAUUCAGGAAAAACGAACGCUUGCGAAAGUACAUGAUAUUUGCCAACUCAUCAAGGAUAUUGUUAGUGUGAGUGAAGCCACAGAAUUCUCAGCGCGUUCCACUAUUGAGUCCAAGUUCCGUGCUUUGCGAUGCCACAUUGAACAUCUGCCUAGCUCAGCACCAGAAUACAAACAAAUUUUAGAUCUUAUUGCAUCAAACAAUGAAAGCAGAAACCAGUUUGACAUAAAGAAUGUGUUCGCUGUUAAUCGACCAAUUGAAGAGACAAACUUUACACAUCGCAUUGGAAACAAGAAGCUUUUGUUUCAUGCAUCAAAGCCAGCUAACUUUGUAGGGAUAUUUACAAGAGGUCUUCUCUUGCCUAAGAUUGUGGUGGAAGAUUUCGGUGGUAAGAGAACGGAUCCUGGCAACCUUGGAAGUGGAAUUUAUUUUACAGACAGCAGCAGUACAAGUGCCAAAUAUUCGUCUCGAAGCACAGUGAAAGGUUCUCGAUUUAUGCUGGUUAACGAAGUUGCACUGGGCAACUGUCUGGAUAUGAAGUCUAAGAAUUAUAAACUGGCAGCUGCUCCAGAGGGCUACAAUAGUGUUCAUGGAGUCAAGAAAGAAAUUGGAAUGGAGUCAGAUUUUGUGGAUGAUGAGUUUGUUGUGUACGAUACAAAUCAACAGCGUGUUCGUUACCUCAUUGAGUUUGCACUGCCUGAAGAUAAGAUCACAGACAUUGUGCAGACAUCAUCGAAUUUAACACCAGAGGAAGAUGAUGAUGUUCAGUUGAUGGAUAUCAGUAUCGAUGAUGUUCAGUCAAUCAAAGAUCCCUUGGACAAAGUGCAGGCAGGGUUACAAUCAAAGGAUGAUUGUGCUAUUCCACUGACAGCAGUACAUAUCAGAGCCAAGCUCCUGGACCUUGCUGCUCAGGUUGUGGUAUUGCAAGCCUACAAAAACGAAAACAGUCAUCCAAUCGAGGCUAAGUACGUGUUUCCACUGGAUGACAUGGCCGCAGUGGUUGGCUUUGAGGCUUUCAUUGAUGGCAAACACAUCGUUGGUGAGGUCAAGGAUAAAGAGGUUGCCCAUCGGGAAUACAGAGAGGCUAUUAGCAAAGGUCACGGUGCCUACCUGAUGGAUGAGGAAACACCUGAUGUCUUCACGGUUAGUGUUGGAAAUUUGCCUCCAAACUCAGAAGUGUUAAUUAAAAUUACGUAUGUAGCGGAACUAGCAGUGGAUUCUGGGAAAAUUGUGUUUAAUCUGCCGGGAAGCGUAGCUCCGUGGAAGAAAGACAGUGCUCUUUCGGUGACAACUCAAGAACAGAUGGACACUACAAAAAUUUCCGGCCAGCCUACAGGAGAAACAUCCAUCCAGAUUGCAGUAGAGAUGCCUUAUGAUAUUCGUUCUAUCAAGUCUCCAACUCAUCAAAUCAAAAUGAAGCAAUCAGCCACAAAAGCAACAGUUGAAUUGGAAAAGGAAGUCUCACUGGCGGAUGGCUUCCAGCUACUGAUUGACCUGGCUGAGAUACACGUGCCUAGAAUGUGGGUUGAAAAACACCCAGACAAGGUCGAUUCCCAGGCCUGUAUGUUGACAUUCUACCCUGAAUUUGAGAGUGAAAGCGAUGACUCACCGGAGAUCCUGUUAGUGCUUGACUUGUCAAACUCAAUGAAAGGCGACAAUCUGGUGCAAGCAAAGAAAAUCCUGAUGAUGAAUCUUCUGAAUCUUCCAACUGAAGCAACGUUCAACAUCAUUACUUUUGGAACAAAUUUUGACGAACUGUUCCCUGCCAGUCAACCAGCGACCAACGCCAAUAUUUCUGUUGCUAAGACGUUUAUUCGUAAUGUCCAAGCAAAAAUGGGGAACACUGAAGUGUGGCGCCCUCUGCAUGCUUACUUCUUGCUGAGUGAUACAAAUUGUUUGCGUAAUAUCUUCCUGAUAUCCGACGGCCACAUCAACAAUGAGGAAUCAACUCUUAAUGCCAUUCAACUCAAUGCUAAAAACAACAGAGUUUUCACAUUUGGGAUAAGCAAAACCGCCAACAAACACUUGUUGAGGGCGAUAGCUCGUGUUGGAACAGGCGCCUUUGAAUUCUUUGAUACAUCGACAAAGUCAAAAUGGGAAAGAAAAGUCAAGGGUCAGUUAUUAAAAGCAAGACAACCUGCAUUGAGCAAUGUGAGCGUGAACUGGCAACAGUUUGAUGAUAAUGCCCCCAAACCCAUCCAAGCUCCAGGACAGAUUACAUCCUUAUUCAGCGGGUCACGUCAAGUAGUGUAUGGGUAUGUUCCAUUCUGCAGUAAGGCGACAUUGAGGGCUGAAAUUAAUGGUGAUGAAAUAUCCACAAUGGUAUCUACCCACGAACUAAAUGUAACAGAAGGAAAGAUCCUCCAUCAACUGACUGCUAGAGCAAUUAUUCGUGAUUGGGAGGACGGAACUCUUGAUGUCGACCCAGUCGAGCAUGACAUCAAGAAGGAUGCACAGAAAUCUUAUAUCAUUGAUCUCAGCAAAGAAUAUUCCAUCGUGACGCAGUUCACCAGCUUUGUUGCUAUAGAAGAGCGAAAAGAGAGUGAAGUUCUUGAUAUUUUUAAGCCAAGUAUCAGUGACCUUGUAGCUAAGGAAAAUGUUGAUGAUAUCCCAUAUAUUAGCUGGGAUCAAAGUUUUUCAAAACCCAAAGCAACCGCUCGAGCUCCCCUCAUAUUGGAAUCUUGUGCAAGUGAUAUUUAUGUGGACAUGUGUUUAAAUCGUCGUACAACAAAGGAUAAACUUUCCAUGUAUGGAAGCUCUGCUGAUUCAGAUGAAUACGGAUCAUCAUUGGAUGAGGAAGAACUUGAAGUUGACAUCGGUGAUACAGAUAUGCAUCAAGAUGUGAUGAUGGAAAUUACUAGCCCACGGUAUAGUCCUACAAGUCCUGCAAUGAUCAGUGAUGAAUUUGCAGGACUUUAUGAUGAUGCUAAUUUUCAAGAUGAAUACAGAAGAAGAGCUACGUUUGGAGAAAGAUAUCGUGUAAAGUCAGUGUUUGCAGAUAAAAUCCGAGAGCAGGCAGCGUACACUACAGGUGGUGGUGGUGGUGGCAUUUCAUCAGAUGAAGAUAUGGGGUUUGGAAUGUUUGAGUCGGUACAUUCCAGUGCAAUGGAGGCUCAAUCUUCAUAUGUAAGUACUAGAAAAUUGAAAAAGAAGAAGGCAGCAUAUCCUUUACCAAAACUUAAUUAUGGAUCGGAUUCACCACUUAAAGUGAAAGAAGUAAAAGAUGAAGAUGAUGAUGAUGAUUAUGAAGUAUGUGAUGUACCUGUUGUGCUUGAUGCAGGCUCAUUGACACUAAAAGCUGGCUUGGCUGGGGAAGCAUUUCCCACUAUGGAGGUACCCAGUGUUAUAGGGCGCCCUCGUCAUCAAGGAGUGAUGGUGGGCAUGGGCCAGAAGGACGCAUAUGUUGGAGCCGAAGCAGUUGGAAGUUUUGGACUUCUUAAAUCAAGAAAAGUAAAAGGCAAGACUACAAAAAUACAUAAAUGGGAGUCUUUGGCAUCUGCUGAAGCACCAACUAUUGAUGCAAAGGAAACGGCACCUAGACCUGUACUAAAAGCUAAGCCUCUUGUAUCAAAGAAUGCCAUGAGGCCUCGUACAUUUGUAAGGUCACCGAAAACCAUUUCAUUUGAAGGAAGAUCACUUAAGAAAGCACAUUCACCACCACCAGCAUCACCCAGCAAAGUGUCUGACUCAGUAUUGAGGGAUGCCAUGAGGUCACGUGGACUAACUAGGUCACCGAGUACCAGUUCUGUUGAAGCUAAUGCUGCACAGUUGUCAACUGAAUUUGGGGGUUUUGCAGCGCAAGAUUUUGUAGGGUUUUCAUCGACACCUGUUGCGGAAGGAGGAAGGCUAUUUGGUGUGUCCAGUGAUAGUUUACAAUCAUCAACUUCAUUUGGGAGUUCUGCUGCACAAACUUUUGGAGGGUUUUUAUCAGCACCAUUUGGACAGCCACUUGUACCUACAGUGGAGAAGUCAGAGGCUUUUGAGGGAGCGCAAACUGUUAACUCAAGUACACUGGCUCAAAUUGAACUAAUAUUAGAGGCUCAAGCUAAUGCUGCACAGUUGUCAACUGGAUUUGUGGGUUCUACAGCGCAAGAUUUUGGAGGGUUUUCAUCGACACCUGUUGCAGAAGGAGGAAGGCUAUAUGGUGUGUCCAGUGAUAGUUUACAAUCAUCAACUGCAUUUGGGAGUUCUGCAGUACACGGACGACCAUUUGGAGCAAUGAGAUCAUCUUAUAAUGUAUUACCACGACCAUUUAGUGGCACUUUUGCAAAACCAGGACUACCGAGGGCCGGCAUUCCUCCAACACUACCAACACUAACCGGUGUACCUCCUCCUCCUCCACCACCUGGACUAAGUGGUGCACUUUCAUCAGGAUCGUCACCCAUACACAUCAAACCUCAUAUUUCAGAAGUGCUAGCCUAUCGUCGUCCUUCUGCACAACUACGUCGACGUAGUAGCACACGUAAAUACGAUGUAGCUCCUCCUCCUCCCUCUCCGCCGCCUGGAUCUAGUGGCAGCCUUCCACACCCGCCACCACCAGCACAACAACAGAGUCGAAUGCCUCCUCCACCACCACCUGCACUAAGCGCAGCUCCUGUUUCAGAAGUGCUAGCCUAUCGUCGUCCUGCACAACUACGUCGACGAAGUGGCACACUUAAAUACGAUGUAGCUCCUCCUCCUCCCUCUCCGCCGCCUGGAUCUAGUGGCAGCCUUCCACACCCGCCACCACCAGCACAACAACAGAGUCAAAUGCCUCCUCCACCACCUGCACUAAGCGCAGCUCCUGUUUCAGAAGGAAAAUAUGAAAGGACAUUUUAUGAAAGUUAUUGUCGUAGACGUAAAAAAAUGCUAAGCAUAGCUCCUGUUCCAGAUUUGAAGAAUCCUAUUUUGGAUAUGUUAUCACUUUGGAAGAGAUGGAAGAGCGUGUUGGAUCCCGGUGAAGAUGUUGAUUUUUUGUCUUCAAAAAGCACAACCAUCUACAAUUCAGUGAAGGAAGCCAUUGAUUUACAACAGGAAAAUGGCUCAUGGUUUUUAAAUCGCAUCGAGGCUCAAGCAUUGCCAGAACUAGAAGACUUGUUAAGCAAAAAUGUGAAAUACAUAUGUGUAAGAGAUGGUCAAACUUCAUUAUACCGAGUCAUCCUCUGUACUGCUGUGAUAGCUUAUUUUCUUGAACAAGCUCUCAUGCAUUGGAAAAAACUUUCUAGUGAUGCCAAUGAUCAAGAGUUCUUAGCUCUUUAUGGCAAGGCAUUUUUGAGUCUGAGGAAAGCUGAAUCUUUUCUUCAGAAAGAGAGUUUGAUGAAAGUGCAUCAACACUUGUUGUUGAAAGAAGCAACAUGGCUGCAGUUUGCAGAGAACAACUUGCUCGAAUUGCCAGCACUGACUGACUUACAUGUUAACAGUUCAUUGAUUGCUCCUGCUGAGAAGCUAAUAAAUUUUGACCAAAGAUUAGGUCAAUUAUUGAGAAGGUCUGUGGAUUGCAAGCAAAAGUCAUUUUGGACAUUGUCAUGCAGUUUUGCUGUAAUUUUUGGAAUCAACCGCAGAAAAAUUAUAACUGUUUUAGAGCAGGCUGGUCUCAGGUCAUUUGGAUUGGCACUUCAACAAGAAGUUUACUCCAUGUUUGCCAUGGCCAUUGGUAUUGUGAGUCUGGCAGCAUUAUUGCCUGACUACCGUGGCUAUACACAAAUUCAUGACAGAUUAAAUGCAUGGCUGGAUGAGAAGGAGAAAGCUAACUAUGGCCUAGCCUCACAGCUUGAACUUGGCAGUAACUGGUUGGAUGUGGCCUCUAAAAUGUUUCAAGAUGUUUGACUGUUAUUGGAUUAAAGCAGCAAAAAAAUUAAGUCUACUUUAAUUGGACAGUUUCUUCAAUUUUAAGAGUUUUGCAAAUGUUUAUAAAUGAGACAUAUUCACCCAGUGCUCUUUAAAAGUUUAUGAUGAUUUUUAAAAGUUAGUAAGGUAACUCCAAGGAGUAUUAAGUAGUAUUCUUUAAGAUAUACUAAGUUGUUUUUAUCCUAGCAGACUCAAACAUUCUUAUAAUGUUGGCGAAAGUUAGUUGUACAUCAGAAAAUAACGUUAACACAACGCUACAGCAACAUUCACACUAAUUUCCAAGUACUGUACAUUAUGUAUUUAUGUUUUUACAAAAAAAAAAAAACGGUUUCGACACCAAACUGUAACAUUAUUAUAACAUGUCAUAUUUACCUAUAUAUACCCAGAUAAAGUCUUAUGUUUUUAUGACACCCAGAUAAUGAAUUUUAAACUUGUUUUAAUAUUUGAAAUAAUUAUGGUACUAGUUGUGUCAAAUUCAUAACUGCUUCGGUCAAGUUUCAAAGUAAGAAUGAAUCCAAAAAUUUACAACCUUGGUUGUAUCUGUAGGAUAAUGUAGGUAUUGGUACCUCAGUGGCAAGUCCGGCCAAAUGAUUUGUAGAUCAACUUAAAGAUGUUCCCUAACUAAAUGAACUAAAGGCAGUGACGUCAGAUAGAAUGAAUGGAAAGUACAAGCCAAGUCAGUCUGAGAAUGCUCUGCCUAAGUUUAAGACCUGAUGUAUUAAAUUUAAUGACUACAAUUAUUCGUUUAUAAUAUAAAAAAAAAAACACCAAAAAAAUAGUAUGUAGCCAAGGAAAGCAUACACUAAUGUAAGAGUUAUUGUUGCCAAAUUAUGAAAGAUAAAAUGUUUUAUAUUGUUGUGUAAUGUUAUUUUGAUGUUUAAUGUCAACAAAUGAAAUGCUUUUAAGGUAGUAUAGGAAUGAAAAGCUACCCAGAAUAUAAGCAUAUGGUAAUAAAAUAUGCUAUAUUUGAAACAUUAUAUUUUAAAGUUUUAUACUGAGGAAAUUUCGUAAUCAGUAAAUCGUAAAAGUGGCUUAUUCAUGUUAUAUUAAAUAGAAUCUAUUUGUCAACUUCAGAUUUAAGUGUUUGGUCUUGUAUAGCUUUUUGAUUUGUUAAAAUGAAUUACUGUAUCUCCGUUUCUAAGAACAACAUGGCUGGUGAUCGCAUAAGCAGAUUUUACAGAAAUAUGUACAAUUUCUGGACUUGAUCAUGCAAGGUCGCAAUGUGACCUGAUACAAUGGAUGGAGGUGGUGGUGUGGGUGGGGCCACUCGAACGUGGAAGAACAUUAAUUUAUCGUGAAAUGAUGCAAUAAUAGGCCUGGUUGCUUUAACCAUAGAGAAUAUAAAACUUGUCUGUUAUAUUUUCUUUAUGCUUUAACUUACAGUAAUUGGGCCUAUUUCAGGCGUUUUCUCAAUACGAAACGGUAAAAUGCACUCACACGCAGGCCUCACCAGUUGAGAACCCUUAAAAUAUAAGCAUUGGAUGAUCGUAUUGACAACGUCACAGAGCCGGUUUGCAUUCAUCAUCAGUGUUCUCCACCACGCGCGCUUGUAUCGGUCUUUAUGCAUUUUAUUGUUAUUGUAAGUUUCCUGACUGUUAAUCAAACAUCUGUUUUCUAUUCUACUUCUUUAUUUCCUUCACCGUAUUAGAUUUGAUUCAAAAUUGUAAGUGCCUUACUUUUAAAGCUUAAACCAUUAAGCUGUUGUAUGCCUAAAUUCUGUAUAAUAUUUUGUUUGCUUUAGAAUUAAUGUACUGCAAUAAAAUUGUUAAGAAUAGUAUUAUUUUAUUGUUUAAUAUAACAGCAUAUAAUAUAACAUAGCAGGUUGUUAUGAAUUUGCUUGUAACUUAAGAUAAACAUGUACACAGAUGAAAAGAAGAAAUUGGAAUACGUAAAAAAACUUGUAGGUAUAUAUUUACACAGAAACAUUUAACGAAAAAUAUAUUUUCGUAGUCUAGGGAUAUAAUAAUAUACUAUUACUAUAUAUCGAUUAAGAAGAAAUGCGGCGUUGUAAAAUUACAAAUUUACACAAACGUAACCUAGCGUAUAUUGCGACGGUCGGUCGCUGUCUGACUCAAACAUAUCUGAACACCAUGGUCUGUUUGAUUGUCGGCAGCUGAAAAGAUCGUCGUUGAUGAACCAAUUGCGACGGUAUCCUUGGAAUUUUCUCAUGUAUUUAUUUUAACAUUUUUAAAGUUUAAAUAUUAAUCGAGUCGGAAAUGUUAAACACUAUUAUUGUUAGGAAAGGAUAGUUUUGGACGAUAUCAUUGAUAUCAACGAUAUCAUUGAGCUAAUCUUGUCAACCGAUAGUGUGUUGAUUUGCGUUACCCAAAAUUAUUGCAUAAUAUAUAAUUAUGAAUUUACUCAGUACACGGUGAUAUUUUUAAUGUUCAUUUAAUGAUUAUAUAAUAAUAAUAAUAUAUAAUUAUUAUGAUUAUGUAAUAUAUAUUAAAUAAUUUACCCCGAUUGAAAGAGGAUUUGCAUUUCAUUACCUUGAAUAAAGUAUAUAGUCGGAAUAGAAUAAUGAA